AAAAUCCUAUAUAAGCCAAAACUCGCCCCUCUCUUCUAACCCUAGCUUCACCUUCAGACCCAUUUAUUCUUCACUCUCAUUUCAUCGAAUCUUUGCCAAAAAAACCCCUUUCUUCCUCACUGAUUAAUCGCCAAUCUCACCAUUUUCAUUUCUGCGCUGAUUCAACAGGCGAGGUACCAUGUCGGAUGAUGAAAGGGAGGAGAAGGAGUUAGAUCUCUCUUCGUCUGAAGUUGUCACCAAAUACAAAACUGCAGCUGAGAUCGCUAACAAGGCUUUGAAGUUAGUUAUUUCAGAAUGUAAACCUAAGGCUAAGAUUGUCGACAUUUGUGAGAAAGGAGAUUCAUUUAUCAGAGAGCAAACUAGUAACGUGUACAAGAAUGUGAAGAAGAAGAUAGAAAGAGGCGUUGCUUUCCCAACUUGCAUAUCUGUUAACAACACAAUCUGUCAUUUCUCUCCUCUAGCUAGUGAUGAGACAGUAUUGGAAGAAGGUGAUAUACUGAAAAUUGAUUUGGCGUGUCAUGUAGAUGGGUUCAUUGCUGCGGUGGCUCACACUCAUGUUCUUCAAGAAGGUCCAGUUACUGGGCGGGCAGCUGAUGUCAUUGCUGCUGCAAACACUGCUGCUGAGGUGGCCAUAAGGCUUGUGAGGCCUGGAAAGAAGAACAAGGAUGUAACCGACGCAAUUCAAAAGGUUGCUGCUGCCUAUGAUUGUAAAAUUGUUGAGGGUGUUCUAAGUCACCAACUGAAGCAGUUUGUGAUUGAUGGGAACAAGGUUGUGCUCAGUAUCUCUAAUCCAGAUACAAGAGUUGAUGACUUCGAGUUUGAGGAAAAUGAAGUCUAUGCAAUUGACAUAGUUACAAGCACAGGAGAAGGAAAGCCUAAGUUAUUGGAUGAGAAGCAAACAACUAUUUAUAAGAGGGCUGUUGACAAGAGUUAUCACUUGAAGAUGAAAGCAUCUCGAUUCAUUUUCAGUGAAAUAAGCCAAAAAUUUCCAAUCAUGCCAUUUUCUGCUAGGGCUUUGGAGGAGAAGAGAGCUCGACUAGGUUUAGUGGAAUGUAUGAAUCAUGAGCUUUUGCAGCCAUAUCCUGUUCUGCAUGAAAAGCAAGGUGAUUUUGUUGCGCACACCAAAUUCACGGUCUUGUUAAUGCCAAAUGGAUCUGACCGCGUCACGUCUCAUCCUCUCCAAGAAUUGCAGCCCACAAAAACCAUAGAUGAUCCUGAGAUCAAGGCCUGGUUAGCCUUGGGCAUAAAGACAAAGAAGAAGGGUGGUGGAAAGAAGAAAAAAGGUAAGAAAGAGGACAAGGCUGAUGAGUCAGCUGAAGCUGCGCCACAAGACUCAACAAAUGGGGCCACACCUAAGGAAUGAGUUAACACCCUCCAAUCUCAAAAAAGAAAUGUUUUUCAUUUCAAUUUUCUGACACCCCUUUUCAAUUUUGGUUCCCUGUUCACUAAAUUGUAUCUGUUUGGAUAUGAAUUUAGUAGUGUAUGGACAUCGAUUAUAAUGGCAGUUUUCGGUGCACUUUUUAGUCUCAAAUACCAACUACAAAACCAAGAAAAUGUUAUGUUUGAAAAAGUGGGUUGCCCUUGUAUUUUAAAAUUUCCAAA